CUUUGGUUGGCGGUGGUCAACAUCAUCUACCCAUUGCGUUACAACCUCCGACUGGUGCCGUGCCGGUCGCGGGGAACAAGAUGAAGACCAAGCUGGCUUUGGAAAAUAAAAGCGGUGCUGCGCAGCUGACGACUUCAUCUCCGUUGAAGGACGCGAAUAUUAAACCUCUGGAGCCGGAUAUGAGAGCGUCAGGUCGUUAUUUUGCUUUUACUUUCAAAAUUUUUUUUUGGUGCAGGAGGUCGCUCUAGGUGUGUUUACAAGCGGCCAGAUAACUCGACACUUAGUGGAGCUACUACAGGAAUAUCCGACAAACGAGACUAAUAGCUUUCUAGGGACAAAAGUGCCACCCUCGAUCACCGGAUCACCGCGACCGGCAUGGCAUUGAAAUCCCCUGACCCGAGUUUGAGCGGCGCCUGGCGUGGGGCGUCGUCCCGGGACGUGUUCCCCUGUGUGUGGCAUGCGUGUUGCAACGCAGCCGCGCCGGAUAAGGCCAGUCAGACCCAUGAGCCAAUGCCCAAAAAUUUGCAACGCUUUCGGGGGAAAACCAGGGCUGCCAGAAGGACCUACUCGGCUGCGAAGCCCGCGCGAAAUAAGUGGCGCGCUGUGCGAAUAAAGUCACGUGGUGGCCGUUGCAAAGCCACAGUGAGCAGGAAGGCCGCAGCACCGCCCCCGCGCCUGACUAGGGGCGCCUUCGCAUGCCAAGCGCGGAGCUGGCCACCUCCGCUCUUCGGGUGGUGUUUGAUGCGCUUGCGGCGCAGUCUCCCGGCCGUUGCCCACUUGCGAACGCAUCGGCCCCUUCUGCAUUUCUGCAUGGGCGCGCCUCGGGCGUAAUGGUGCCCUGGCAGCGGCGCUGCAAGAUGGCUGGCCGGGUAAAGGCAAGCCUCCUGCUGGACAGGUGCACGACUUCGGCCGGCCGCUGUGUUUGGCGCCCGAAGUCCGCCCCAUGUCCUGAGUGCAACAAUUCGAACUCUCAUUCAUGAGGCGCCUUCGAGACGAGUACCUUUCACCCCCCUCCGGCACCCCUCUCGGCUGCCUCUAAGUAGUUGAGAAAAAAAUCGCCAUAGCAUGCGGCCUGGAGUCAUUUGGGGGGUCGUUCGGCUGCCCCUAGUCCUCAACUACUUAGAGGGUGCCCGAAGAGGGUCCAGAAGGGGUCGCCCUUCUUGGGAAAAUGAAAUAUCUGGCCAGAGGGCCCCCUCUCGCCAACUCAUCGGGCAAGAGUGCCUGCUGCCUAUGCCGCCCUAGUCAGCAACCCCCACUGCGCCUGCCGGCGGCCCGAAGACUGGGGAUGCUGGGCCUCUACAUCACGCGCUGGCGCCACUGCGUUGCGAUUUGCGUUCCUCUCCUGCACAUGUUAUGAUGGCCCAUUUGGGCAGCUACGCGAUGGGCCGAAUCCACUUGACGGCAAAUUCAAGGAAACACGUCAGCCCGACUCUCCGAGACUAUUCGCGCCCCCAUGCGAGAGCGAUGGUAGGCAAUUUAUUCUACCGAGACCCUUGGCCCGGUGUGAUGCUACUCUUCUCUGUCUGACCUUGGUAGUGCGACGUCGCCACACCGUGCCAAGAAGACUCAUGCGCAGCCGCGCGGAGUUUUCCCCCUCUUUGGUGUGUUUGAUGCAGGCGCGUCAGCCAUUUCGAUAUAUUUGCGAGCGUGCAAGCGGCUGCCCAUCGGCGCGGGGGCAACUCCUUUCCGUAUGUUGACUUUCCGCUUGCCCCUACCUGAAAGCCCCACAAACACGGCACCCCAGGAAAGGGCUGUCUUGCGGUCCCAGAUUGUGCGUGCCAGCAGGACAGAGGCCUGCAGGCUUUAAGCGUCUUGGUGCGCAGAACGGACGAGCACAGGCCGCGUCGGUGCGCGCGCUCUGCAAGCAAGAAGCAAAAACAUGAGACAAUGCCCCUCCAAGCACCAAAGAAAAAUUUUGAAAGUAGUUGAAGAAUAAGCACCUGACGCUCUCAUACCGGAGACGAAAGCGAUGCUGUCAAAGAAGCACAGCGGAG